AUGAGUGGAAUUGAAAGCUAUCAUCCUGUUAGCGAACAACUUAGAACAAGAAUAAGAACUGAGCAGGAGGAAGAGAAUCAGCAGAGAACGCGUCGGUCGGAAAGAAUCAGAAUGCAAAGAGAGCAAGGAAGAGAGGGUCAGCAACGAGCUCGCCUAGAAGGAAUUGUUGAAAGAUCGAGAGUAACAAGAAUUCGAAGGGAACAGGAAACGGAAGAGCAACGACGGGUGCGGCAGUCAAUGGACACUCAGAGGGUUAGAACGCGGAGGCAGCAGGAAGAAGAGGAGCACCGACGUACUCGCUUAGAAAGAGUUGCUGAAAGAGCUAGGAUCCGAAGAGAACAGGAAAGUGAAGAGCAACGACGAGUACGCUUAGGAAGAGUUGCUGAAAGAGCAAGGAUGCGAAGAGAGCAAGAAGGAGAAGAGCAGCGAAGAGCUCGCCAAAUAAGAGACGCUCAGAGGGCCAGAUCACGAAGAGAACAGGAGGAAGAGGAGCAACGACGAGCUCGCUUGGAAAGAGUUGCUACAAGAGCAAGAAUACGCAGGGAGCAGGAAGAAGAAGAGCAACGGAGAGCUCGCCUUGCAGGAGCUGCUGCAAGAACCAGGGCGCUACGAGUUCAAGAGGGCGAAGAGCAACAAAGGACUCGACAGUCACAAGAUGCAGCGCGGGCGAGAUCUCGGAGACAGCAAGAAGGCGAGAGUCAACGAGAGGAACGAAACAUUUUGACUGCGGCAAGGGAACGAUCACGAAGAGCGAGUUUCACGGAAAGUCAAAUUGAAGAAAGACGGCGUUUGGAAUCGCAAAGGCACCAUGUGAGAAGCAGAACACUGGCAGCCAGAACAAGAAGAUUAGCUCUAUCGAAUAUCGAACCAGAGGAGCACUAUGACGGGCUCAUGAAUGUCGAGUGUGAGAGUUGUGGAGCUCAACACUUCAGGUCUGAAUCGAGAGGGCGCAGAGCUACUUUCAAUGACUGCUGCAAUCAUGGGAAUAUAACAUUGGAGCAUUUUACCAACUACCCCAGGCAACUCCGUCGGCUGUUGACGAGUCAAGAAGCCGACUCGAAAGAAUUUCGCGAGCACAUCCGCAACUACAAUAGCGCCUUUGCAUUUGCGUCUAUAGGAGCUCAGCUGGAUACUCCACGAUCAGGACCUUACUGUUUUCGCAUUCACGGCCAAAUAUACCACAGGAUCGGGCCUGCACGCCCGGAGGAGGGUCAACCGCCACGAUACGGUCAGGUGUACAUUCUUGACACAUCAAUGGCUGCAGAUGAAAGAGCAGGAAACCCGGCUAAUGUACAAUGCAAACCUGCUCUAAUUCGGUCUCUGAGCGCGCUUUUCCAUGAAAUAAACGCUUUUGCGCAAGCGUACAAAAUGCUUAACGAUGUUGCUCUCGAGGAGGAGGCUCGAGCGUUAAGGGAAGGAAGGUCAGCGAUGCCGGUUAGAAUGGUGUUUCAAAGUUCGAAUUUGGACCCACGUCGCUACAAUGAGCCCACAGCUAACGAAGUGGCUGUUGUAUAUGUUGGAGAGGAAGGAGACGUGCCAGCAGAACAUAAUCUCGCCGUACAUCUGCAAUCAGGUGGACUGCGAAAUAUUCGCGUUUAUGAUGCCGAAUGUGAUCCCCUUUCAUACCCAAUUUUCUUUCCUCGCGGAGAACUCGGCUGGCAUCCGAAUAUGAUGAAAAACCCAUCAGAGAGGCGAAGAACAAGAAUAACCCAAAAAGAAUACUAUUCAAAUAUGAUUGCUGUAAGGGCAGAGUUCAAUCCUUUACACUUUGCGGGCAAACUGUUCCAGCAGUUUUUGGUGGACAGCUAUGUAAAAAUUGAACAAAAUCGUUUAAACUACGAUCGAACCCAUCAGAAAGAACUCCGGGUGGACACCUACCGCGGACUAGCUGAUUACGUUGCCGGAGAUAUGGACAUCGGAGGCCCACCAGGAUAUAGAAGGGUCAUUCUACCUUCGUCGUUUCCUGGAUCUCCUCGAGCCAUGGUACAAAACUACCAGGAUGCUAUGGCAAUAGUUUCGAAAUAUGGAAAGCCAGAUCUGUUCAUUACAUUCACAUGCAAUCCAGCAUGGAGGGAAAUAGCUGAACAGUUAAGUACUGGACAAACAGCCUCUGAUCGGCCAGACAUUGUCGCUCGAGUGUUCCACAUCAAGUUGCAAGAACUAUUUCUAGAUCUUUUCAAACGGAAAAUAUUUGGAACUGUGGUUGCUCACAUCAGUGUGAUGGAGUGGCAGAAAAGAGGUCUUCCUCACUGCCAUAUACUGCUGACGUUAGCUGGAGAGGAUAAACUUAGAAAUGCAACUGAAGUUGAUGCUGUUGUGCAAGCAGUAAUUCCAGAUCCAGUGGCAGAAUCCCGACUUCAUGCUAUUGUCACGGCUUGCAUGAUGCAUAGACCCUGUGGUUUGGACAACCCAAACUCACCGUGUAUGGUGAAUGGACAGUGUUCGAAAAAGUUCCCCAAAUCAUUCCGAGAGGCGACAAACAUAGAGGUGGAUGGUUACCCAGAGUAUAGACGGCCGAACGAUGGGAGGACAAUACAAUACGGUAGCGCUACACUAGACAAUAGAUCUGUGGUCCCAUACAAUAAAUAUCUAGCACUCCGAUACAAUGCUCAUUUGAAUGUUGAAAUCUGCGCUAUGAUUCACGCAGUUAAGUACAUGUACAAAUACGUAUAUAAGGGUCCAGAUAGAGCAGCCCUACACAUGAUGAGAACAAACGGAGAAGAGGGAGCCAGAGCGAUAAAUGAGAUAGACGCAUUUGUAAAUGCCAGAUAUGUAUGUGCUCCGGAAUCGGUGCACAGGUUGUUGGGUUUCGAACUCCACUCCAAAUCGCACACUAUUUACAGAUUGCAAGUGCAUUUACCAGAACAGGAAAGCAUAGUUUUCCAGGGUGGUCAAGAGGAGGAAGCUCUUCGCCGUGCAACAGAGCGAGACACGACUCUCACGGCUUAUUUUAAACUGAACGCGGAGCAUGAGCUUAUGUAUGGAACUGGAAAUGCACCCCAAGGGCAAAUUGAUGCUCGAACUCUACUCUAUAUCCAGCUACCCGAACAUUUCACAUUUGAUCAGCAAAGUAAAAAGUGGAGCCCUAGAAAGAAACAGUGCCGUCAGAUAGGAAGAAUGUAUACGGCAAAUCCAUUAGAUGCGGAACGUUACAGUCUCCGAAUACUUCUUCUCAACAGGAAGGGAGCCAAAUCGUUUGACGAGCUCAAGACCGUGGAUGGGGUAACCCACAAUAGUUUCAAAGAAGCUGCGAAGGCCCUCGGACUCAUGCACGAUGAUUCACACUAUGAAAGCUGCCUAAGAGAGGCAGCAGAGUUCCGAAUGCCUCCAGAACUGCGUUCGCUCUUUGGUAGUCUCAUUUGCUUCAGUGAUGUCACAGAACCUGAGCGGCUGUGGGAGCAAUUCAAAUCAGCCAUGGCUGAAGAUUACGUGCACCGUGGUUUGAGCGAUGAAGAGGCAGUAAUUCGAGCAUACUAUGAUAUAAUGGACAGAAUGCAGAUUAGUGGAGUGAAUUUCAGUAACUUUGUUACUCCUCCUGCCGAUCGAAGACCAGGGUAUAUAGAUGAAAGUCAUGAGUCUGAAACAGAGCACGCAGCCCGUGGAAGAGAACUGAUCGAUAAUUUGAAUGACCGUCAGAAAACGGCAGCAGACGAUAUUCUGCAAACAAUAGAGGCAGGACGAGCCCUAAAACAUUUUUUUAUCGAUGGUCCAGGUGGAAGCGGAAAAACCUUUCUGUACACGGCGCUUUACCACACUCUUAUGGGCAAAGGGAAAAGAGUUAUAUGUGUAGCUUGGACAGGGAUUGCUGCUAACCUGCUACCUCACGGUAGGACUGCAAGCAGUACCUUCAAGUUGAAUAUCCACGACGGCUGCAAGACAAGCACAAUGACAAGGGAAUCAGUUGAGGCAAGAGCACUGCACGAGAUUUCUGUUAUUUUUUGGGACGAAAUCUCGAUGGUACCAAAGUGGACCUUAGAGGCGGUGGAUGUUCUGUUAAGGGACAUCAUGCAAAACGAGUUACCAUUCGGAGGUAAAACGAUGGUUGUAGGUGGAGACUUUCGACAAGUUCUCCCAGUUAUUGAGAGAGGGCGGCAAGAGGAUCUGGAAAAUGCUUGCAUAAAGAACUCUCACUUAUGGCAGCGUUUCAUCACUUAUCAUCUUUCCGUUAACAUGAGAGCUGCAACAGAUAGUGGAGAAUGGGCAAGAAUGCUGCUCCAGAUUGGAGAGGGGAUAUAUCCAGAAGAUGAGAACGGCUUCAUCGAGCUACCUUCUACGCUCUAUAGUUCAGGGGACAUCAUCUGUGAAGUGUUUGGCGAAGCGAUUUCAGAAGAGGAUGUUGCAGAAUUAUCUGAAAAGGCAAUUCUCGCUCCUAAAAAUGUACAUGUAGAACAGAUGAACGAGAUGGCACUAGAGCGAAUGCCUGAAGGGCUGCAGUUGAAAAUAUACAAGAGCAUUGACGAGGCAGAAAAUGCGGACCCAGAAGAUGCUCUCAAUUUCCAAGUAGAGCAUUUGAACAAUUUGCGUCCGAGUGGGAUGCCCCCGCAUGAGCUGAAAUUAAAACAGGGAUGCAUUGUUAUGCUACUACGCAACCUCGAUGUAUCCAGAGGACUUUGCAAUGGAACAAGAUUCAUCGUAGAACAGUGCGGCCAAUACGUCCUUGGGUGCCGAUUUGCUACAGGGAUUAGGAAAAACGAAUUCGUUCUUAUUCCACGUAUAGACCUCUACACCGACAAAGGACUUCCAUUCCGCUUAAAGAGGAGACAAUUUCCGAUCCGACUAGCCUUCGCUACAACUAUAAACAAGGCACAGGGCCAGACGCUGUCGAAAGUUGGAGUGUAUUUACCGGACGACGUUUUUUCCCAUGGGCAACUAUACGUUGCACUGUCACGAGCUCGCAACGCCGAAUCAGUCAAAGUUCUUUCGACGAAAAAAAAGAUCAAGAACAUUGUCUACAAAAAUAUUUUGUAG